GCGAGAAACGAAAGGAAGAAACAUGAGCAACUGCAGCAUUGAGAACGCCACCACGCUGAACCUGUCCCUCCGCCUGCGCGGUGGUGGUAAGGUCCACGGUUCGCUGGCACGUGCCGGUAAGGUCAAGGGCCAGACCCCCAAGGUCCCCAAGCAGGAGGACUCGAAGAAGGCGCUGACGGGCCGCGCUAAGAAGCGCUGGCAGUACAACCGUCGCUUCGUGAACGUCGUGGCGGGCAUGGGCGGCAAGAAGCUGGGCCCCAACUCGAACGCCGCCAAGAACUAAGCAGGCAGCCAGUAAGGCUGGGACAGGCAGUCGGUCGGUCGACGUGAGCGAUAAGCAGGACAGGCAGACAGCGACGACGCGUGCAAUGGAAUUGGAUGCGUGGCCAAGGAUGCAGGUUCAGCUUUCCGUUCGUGACUCUCCAUCUCUCGACUGCCGGCACCGUCACCCCCUCCUCCUCGUCUCCGGCGGCUGGGGUUGGCGGUGCUGUCUUCUCUUCUGUGGCGCUUAGCGAUCCAGUCGUCUCGGUGACUGUCGUUGGCGUAGGUUCCUCGGGAGCUUCGCGGCUCUCGAUGCUCUCGCAUAUUCCAAAAUCAACCGUAUGUUAAAUCCAACGCUGCCUCCGCUUCGCCCGGGUCCGGUGUCGCUUUCGCUUUCUCGC